AUGGCCGACUCUGUCGCUUAUGACAAGUACAUGAAGGACACUUUCGAUGAGGGCGCCAUCGACGUCGACGAUCUGGAUGUCGCCAGCUACAACAACACCUACACUGCCGGCAAGGGCGCAGAAUACGACGACGACGACGAGUACGCUGAAGAGAUCUCCCAAGAGGACUGCUGGGAUGUCAUCCGAGCCUUUUUCGAGGAAAAGGGCCUCGUCCGCCACCAGCUCGACAGUUUCAACGAGUUCAUGUCCAACACCAUCCAGGAACUCGUCGAAGAGGUGCGCAGCCUCACCCUCGAGCAGAGCGACCAGCACUCGGGCCAUGCAGAGGACAAGACUCGUCGCUACGAGAUCGAGUUCGGCCAGAUCUACCUCAAUAAGCCCACCAUGACCGAGUCCGACGGUAGCUCCGCCCAGCUCUUCCCGCAAGAGGCGCGCUUCCGUAACCUUACCUACUCGGCCUCGCUCUUCGUCGACGUCACACAAAAGGUGCUUGUCCAGAGCCAAGACGAGGUCGACCUCAACGGCGACCCGGCCUGGGUCCCCGAGUACGGCAAGACCGACGUCGAAGAGCAGCAGAUCUUUAUCGGCAAGGUGCCCAUCAUGCUCAAGUCCGACUUCUGCUGGCUGAAGGGCCUCGACGACGAAAUGUCAUACUCGCUCAACGAGUGUCCCUACGACUUCGGCGGCUACUUUGUCAUCAAUGGUUCCGAAAAGGUGCUCAUCGCCCAGGAGCGAAUGGCCGCCAACCACGUCUACGUCUUCUCCAAAGCGCCCCCCGCCCCCGUCACCUUCCUCGCCGAAAUCCGCAGUGCCGUCGAAAAGGGCGGCAAGACCAUCUCCACCAUGCAGGUCAAGCUCUUCUCGCGCAACAAGGAAAAAACAGCCAACAACACAAUCCGCGCCACCCUCCCCUACAUCCGCAACGACAUUCCCAUCGUUAUCGUCUUCCGUGCCCUCGGCAUUGUCCCCGAUCGCGAGGUGCUCCAACACAUCUGCUACGACUUCAACGACACUCCCAUGCUCGAGAUGCUCAAGCCAUGCAUCGAAGAGGCUUUCGUCAUUCAGGACCGGGACGUCGCUCUCGACUUUAUCGGCCGUCGAGGUACCACCACCGGUCUCUCGCGUGCCAAGCGUACCGUCUACGCGCAAGAGAUCCUCCAAAAAGAGAUGCUCCCGCACAUCUCCACCUCGGAAGGCUCCAACACCAAAAAGGCUUACUUCUUUGGCUACAUGAUCCACCGUCUUCUCCUCGCCGCUCUCGACCGUCGCGAGAUCGACGACCGUGACCACUUUGGCAAGAAGCGUAUCGACCUCGGCGGCCCGCUCAUGGCCAACCUCUUCCGCAUGCUCUUCCGCAAAGUCACUCGCGACGUCUAUCGCCAUCUCCAGAAGUGCGUCGAGGAGCACCGCGAGUUCCACAUCCAGGCCGCCGUCAAGUCCAGCACCAUCACCAACGGCCUCCGCUACUCGCUCGCCACCGGCAACUGGGGCGACCAGAAGAAGGCCAUGCAGGCCAAGGCCGGCGUUUCUCAGGUGCUCAACCGCUUCGCCUUCGCCUCCACCCUCUCCCAUCUUCGCCGUACCAACACCCCCAUCGGUCGUGACGGCAAGAUCGCCAAACCCCGUCAGCUCCACAACACCCACUGGGGCAUGGUCUGCCCCGCCGAGACCCCCGAAGGUCAGGCCUGUGGUCUCGUCAAGAACCUCAGUCUCAUGGCCACCGUUACCGUCGGCACCCCUUCCGCCCCCAUCGUCGAGUUCCUCGAGGAGUUCGGUCUCGACAGCCUCGUCGACAUGCAGCUCGCCCACGCCAAGGCCACCAAAAUCUUCGUCAACGGCGUCUGGAUGGGCACCCACGACGACCCUGGCCAGCUCGUCGACACCCUCCGUGACCUCCGUCGCAAGGACGACAUCUCCCACGAAGUCUCCGUCGUUCGCGACAUCCGAGAGCGCGAACUCCGCAUCUACACCGACGCCUCCCGUGUCCUCCGUCCCGUCUACAUCGUCAACCCGUCCGACAUGUCGCUCUUCAUCAAGAAGCGACACGUCAACAUGAUCGGCCAGCCCGACCCGCAGACCGGCGAGGAGUUCGGCUGGACCCAGCUCGUCCAGGAGGGCGUCAUCGAGUACCUCGACGCCGAGGAAGAGGAGUCCGCCCUCAUCUGCAUGUCCACCACCGACCUCGAGCAGUCCCGCGAGUACCAGGCCCGGAACGGCCAGGUCAACCUCCACUCCGCCGAUCCCUCCGCCCGCCUCAAGUCUCCGCACUACAUCGCCCCCGCCACAUGGACCCACUGUGAAAUCCACCCCGCGAUGGUGCUGGGCAUCUGCGCCAGCAUCAUCCCCUUCCCGGACCACAACCAGAGUCCGAGAAAUGUAUACCAAAGUGCGAUGGGCAAGCAAGCCGUGUCGAUCCCCAUCUCGAACUUCCUUACGAGAGCGGAUUCGAUGAAUCAUGUCCUCCAAUAUCCGCAAAAGCCGCUUGGAACGACUCGAUCGAUGGAGCAUCUGCGUUUCCGAGAGCUUCCAGCCGGUCAAAAUGCGAUCGUCGCCAUCAUGUGCUACUCGGGGUACAACCAGGAAGAUUCCGUGAUCAUGAACCAGUCGUCGAUCGACCGUGGCUUGUUCCGCUCGUUAUACUACCGAGGCUACGUGGCCGAGGAGAAGAAGGUGGGUGUGAUGCAGCUGGAGGAGUUCGAAAAGCCGAGCCGCGAUACGACGAUCCGCAUGAAGCACGGCACCUACGACAAGAUCGACGCCGAUGGGUUCUGCGCACCAGGCACACGUGUUUCGGGCGACGACGUGAUCAUCGGCAAGACGGCACCGCUACCGCCGGAUUCGGAGGAGUUGGGAAUGCGAUCGAAGCUGCACACCAAGAAGGACGCGAGUAUCUCGCUCAAGUCGACGGAGAACGGCAUCAUCGACCAGGUGCUACUGACGACCAACUCGCACGGCAACAAGUUCGUCAAGGUGCGUGUGCGCAACACGCGUAUUCCGCAGACGGGCGACAAGUUUGCCUCGCGUCACGGUCAGAAGGGUACGAUCGGUAUCACAUACAGGCAGGAGGACAUGCCGUUCUCGGCGGAAGGUGUGACGCCGGACAUCAUCAUCAACCCGCACGCCAUUCCGUCGCGAAUGACCAUCGGACACUUGGUCGAGUGUCUGUUGUCCAAGGUGGCGGCGCUGUCGGGCCAGGAAGGUGAUGCGACGCCGUUUACGGAGCUGACGGUGGAAGCUGUGUCUUCGAUCCUGCGUGGCUUGGGCUACCAGUCGCGUGGUCUCGAGGUCAUGUACCACGGCCACACAGGACGCAAGCUGCAGGCACAGGUGUAUCUCGGACCGACGUACUACCAGCGUCUGAAGCACAUGGUGGACGACAAGAUCCACUCGCGAGCGCGUGGACCGGUGCAGAUCCUGACGCGCCAGCCGGUCGAGGGUCGAUCGCGUGGCGGUGGUCUGCGAUUCGGAGAGAUGGAGCGCGACUGCAUGAUUGCGCACGGCAUUGCUGGGUUCCUCAAGGAGCGUAUGUUUGACGUUUCGGAUCCGUACCGCAUCCACGUGUGCGAUCUGUGCGGUCUGACGGCGCUGGCGAACCUCAAGAAGGGCACGUACGAGUGCCGAUCGUGCCGCAACAGGACGGCCAUUUCGCAGAUCCACAUCCCGUAUGCGGCCAAGCUGCUGAUGCAGGAGUUGAUGAGUGUCAAUGUCGCCCUGCGUCUGUACUAG